AUGUUUCCCUGGGCCCUUCGCCACCUUCCGGGACCGCACCAGGAGAUAUUUAGGUAUCAAAAGGCUGUGCGGGGCUUCAUCUGCCAGGAGAUCAUCAGGAACAAGCUCAGGGCACCUGAGGCCCCCAAGAACUUCAUCAGCUGCUACCUGGCCCAGAUCACCAAGGCCAUGGAUGACCCUGUUUCCACAUUCAACGAAGAGAACCUGAUCCAGGUGGUGAUUGACCUGUUUCUGGGAGGCAUCGAUACCACGGCCACCACCCUGCACUGGGCACUCAUCUACAUGGUCCAGUACAGAGCUGUCCAGGAGGAGGUACAGCAGGAGCUGGAUGCAGUGCUGGGUGCUGCCCAAGCAAUUUGCUACAAAGACCGUGAGAGACUGCCCUAUACCCACGCCGUCCUCCACGAGGUGCAGCGGCUCAGCAGUGUCGUGGCUGUGGGCGCUGUGCGCCAGUGCAUGACCUCCACCUGUGUGUGCGGCUACCCCGUGCCCAAGGGCACCAUCAUCUUGCCUAACCUGGCCUCCGUGCUCUAUGACCCCGAGUGCUGGGAGACCCCUCGACAGUUCAACCCUCGCCACUUCCUGGACAAGGAUGGAAACUUCAUGCCCAAUAAGGCCUUCCUGCCAUUCUCUGCAGGGCAUCGCAUGUGCCCAGGGGAUCAGCUGGCUCGAAUGGAGCUCUUCCUGAUGUUUGCCACCCUCCUCAAGACCUUUAGGUUCCAAUUGCCAGAGGGGAGCCCAGGUCUCAGGCUAGAGUAUAUCUUUGGGGGCACUCUGCAGCCCCAGCCUCAGGAGAUCUGUGCAGUGCCCCGCCUGAGCAGCACCUGCCCAGGUACUAGGGAGGAGGGCCUGUAG